GCCGCAUUGCGCGCAUCUUGCAUCAAGCUGCACCGCGGCCACCUGCAGCAUGCACUAUUCGUGCCUCCUCACUAGACAUAGCCCUCUCUCACUCUAGACUUCAUGACCGGCACUCACCUUCCGCUUCUUCCGACCCCUUUCGCGAUCGAGCGUCUCUCGUAAUCCUCCUCAUCGCUGUACUCGGCUGCAUAACCCCUACUUCGAUUCACACCUCGUAUCCUCCCAGCCCACCUCGACGCCGUAACUAGCCCUUACCGGUUUGUCCGGCUAUCCCCUCGGCGGCUAAAGCCCGCAAGCGAUUUCCACAAUGUCUGUAUCAGCGAAGAUGGCGGCGGCGUCAGGCAAAGGAGGGCUGUUCAGUCGGAGCAGCAACUCGGGUGAUGUUCCCACCAUGCGUGGAUUGGUGUCCUUCAUUGCAGAUUUGCGUAAUGCACGAGCAAGAGAACUGGAAGAGAAGCGAAUCAACAAGGAAUUGGCCAAUAUACGACAAAAGUUCAGAGACGGUAGCCUGAACGGCUACCAGAAGAAGAAAUACGUUUGCAAACUUCUCUAUAUUUACAUACUGGGCUGGAAUGUCGACUUCGGGCACCUCGAAGCAGUAAACCUCAUUUCCGCCACCAAGUACUCGGAGAAGCAGAUUGGAUACCUCGCAGUCACACUGUUCCUUCACGAGCAGCACGAGCUGAUACAUCUGGUCGUCAACAGUAUCAGGAAGGACCUUAUGGACCACAACGAGCUUAACAACUGUCUGGCGCUGCACGCUAUCGCAAACGUGGGAGGCAAGGAGCUGGGUGAAGCUCUGAGCUCUGAGGUACACCGACUCCUGAUAUCGCCAGCAUCGAAAGCUUUUGUCAAGAAGAAGGCUGCUUUGACUCUCCUCCGUCUAUACCGCAAGUACCCAGGGAUUGUACAGAAUGAAUGGGCAGAGCGCAUGAUCUCUCUAAUGGAUGACCCUGACAUGGGUGUAGCGCUUUCUGUUACUUCUCUGAUCACAGCCCUCGUGCAGGAUAACGCAGAACAAUACAAGGGAAGCUAUGUGAAGGCUGCGAACAGGCUGAAGCGGAUAGUCGUGGACAACGAGUGCGCGGAAGGAUACUACUAUUACAAGGUUCCGUGUCCAUGGAUCCUGGUCAAGCUGCUCAAACUUCUCCAGUACUACCCUCCUCCCGAGGAUUCGCACGUUCAGAACCUCGUCCGCGAAGCACUGCGGAAGAUCAUGGAUUCUGCGCUGGAGAUGCCAAAGAACGUUCAGCAGAACAACGCGCAGAACGCCGUUUUAUUCGAAGCGAUCAACCUGGUCAUUCAUUUAGAUACUGAACCGGAUCUGAUGGUGACGAUUUCCACGCGCUUGGGCAAGUUCAUCGCCUCUCGCGAGACAAACGUACGAUAUCUGGGAUUAGAAGCCAUGACGCAUCUAGCAGCUCGCGGAGAAACGCUAGAUCCUAUCAAGAAACACCAGGCUAUAAUUAUUGGGUCGUUGAGAGAUAGGGACAUCAGUGUGCGAAGACAAGGCUUGGACCUCCUCUACAGCAUGUGUGAUCAGACAAACGCGCAAGCUAUUGUAGGCGAGCUUCUGCGCUACCUCCAGUCUGCCGACUACGCGAUAAGAGAGGAGAUGGUACUUAAGAUUGCUAUCUUGACGGAGAAGUACGCCACAGACGUGCAGUGGUACGUCGACAUUACACUGCGCUUGAUCGCAAUGGCCGGUGACCACGUCAGCGAUGAGGUGUGGCAGCGAGUCAUUCAGAUCGUGACCAACAACGAAGAGCUUCAGGUCUAUGCAGCUCAAACUAUCCUGGCGUACGUCAAGGCGGACUGCCACGAGACAUUGGUAAAGAUUGGAGGCUAUCUCCUUGGAGAAUUCGGUCACUUGAUUGCCGACAGCAAGGGAUGCAGUCCAAUCGAGCAGUUCAUGGCAAUGAGCGCAAAGAUGCGGGGUUGCUCGUCUAGUACGCGAGCGAUUCUACUGUCUUGCUACGUCAAGUUUGUGAACUUGUUCCCAGAGAUCAAGCCCCAGCUUCUACAGGCCUUCGGCGCCUAUACACAUUCGCUGGACUCCGAGCUUCAACAAAGAGCAUGCGAGUAUCUUGUCCUUGCUACAAUGCCUACAGACGAUCUGCUGCGAACAGUAUGCGACGAGAUGCCACCGUACCCGGAGAGAACAUCAGCACUACUCUCAAGAUUACACCAGAAGCAUUCGACGACCAGCGACAAGCGAACCUGGGUAGUUGGUGGCAAGGAUGCCAACCAAGGAGAAAUUGGUCUCGCACGACAGAACUCGACCGCUGGUUUCAAGCGAAGUCAGACAAUGCCAGCACAAGGAGAGCACAAAACAUCUGCAACGAACGGUACAAACGGUGCGGCUUCCUUGUCGAGCGAUCUUGCCGGUCUGGAUCUCAAUGUGGGCACAAACAAGGUGCUCAGCGCACCAAAUUUCGCCAGCGCUGCUCAUCUGAGCCCAGACUGGGAGAUUGGCUACAACCGUCUAUUGUUGCGAUCUGAGGGUGUACUCUACGAGGAUCAGCAGAUACAAGUCGGUCUUCGAACAGAGUAUCGUGGCCAAUUGGGCUGCCUAAUCUUCUACUUCACAAACAGGUCAUCCUUCCCUAUGAAUUCCUUCACCACCACACUUGACAACAGAUCCUCGGACAAUCUAAAAACAGAUGUCAAGGGUCUGCCGGAUACAGUGAUACAGCCUGAGGGCCAAUCGCAGCAAACCAUUAUGUUUGACUGCAAGAAUGUCUUCACAGACCCUCCGACCAUCCGCAUAUCCUGGCUCGCUGGUGCUAUGCAAGGAAUCACUCUGCAGCUACCGGUGUCCCUCCACAAGUACAUGGAAGGCGCAGAACUCAGCUCAGAGGACUUCUUCAAGAGAUGGAAGCAGAUCGGCAGUGCUCCACGUGAAGCGCAGAGUAUUUUCGGCCUGGUCAAUAAGAGCCGCACUAUGGACCUAGCGUUUGUCAAGAAGGUCGUCGCAGGCUUCAAAUGGGGUAUUGUUGAGGGUGUCGAUCCGAAUGGAAAGAACAUUGUCGGUGCGACGGUGCUGCACACGAGUGAGGGCGGGAAGUUUGGGUGUCUGCUGAGGCUGGAGCCCAACUUCGACACUCAGAUGUUCCGCAUCACGAUCCGCGCGACCGACGAAGCCGUACCACCCGUUUUGAUCAAGGCUAUGGAGGGGCGACUUUCUCAAGGUAUUGAGGGCAUGAUGUAGGUCAGACCACUAUUCUUAUGGCAUUCUUCUUCGUGUACCCAAUUCCUUGUGGGGAGAUUGUAGGUCGUUGAUAUUGUAAUGUUUGUUGGAAAGCAUAUGCAUGGGUGCGCCCAAAAUCUGUGAUUUAGCAUAAGCGCCGAAAUUGGAGUUGAGUGUAUGCUCAUACCCCUGUCCUGAU